AUGUCAAUUUCAAUCGUUUUUGUGUUUGGUGGUGGCUCGUCUCAAGUUUUGAGUUUGUUGCCAAGCCAAUUUGCCUCAGGGAAAGACAGAAUUGGUGUAUUUAAUAAGUAAUAAAGUCGUACAUGCAGUAAUAACAGUUUAUGUUUACGACAUAGCUGCAACCCAUGUCCGAAACCUCAUUGCAAGCAACUCUCAAGGAAGAGCAACCGCCGUCCAAAAUACCUGAAUCUGUUAAGAAAAUAAUAUCAAUGGAAAAGGAAAAUGAUACCAAUGCUAGUCGCAAAUCCAGGAUUGAUCUCAAUGCACUGCCGACGCGUCAAUAUCUAGACCAGACUGUGGUCCCGAUUCUUCUACAAGGACUGUCAGCUCUCGCCAAAGAACGGCCUCCGGACCCAAUCAACUACCUAGCUGCAUAUUUAUUAAAAAACAAAACUACAUUUGAAAACAACAAUGCGGGUCCCAAUAACAAUCCUCCGCAAAAUCCUCAAACAUAACCACUUCUUCAUAGCUAGUUUUACAUAAUUUAAUAAUAAUGCUAGUUAUCUAGUUUUAUAGCACAAAGUAAACCAUACUUUGUAAGAUAUAGCUUUACUUAACACAACUGUGUUUUGAAGUUGUGCUGCCAAUUAUAAACAUUAGCAAAUUCAAUAGAUCUCACUUCUGUCGAUCGGAAGAAUACCAAAUGUUUCUCUAAAAUUGCAAAUUACUUACCAAACUCUCAACAUGACUCCAAAACAAAUAAAAAUGAAGUUUCACAAUAAGAAACAUAAAUUGUACUGUAAUAUGUAUCUUUAUAAAUAUAUCUUUUGUAUAUUAGAAUAUUGUAUGACGUAUGUAUAUUCUUACUCAUAAUUACUGAUAAUAAUCGAGCCUUAUAUGUGUGUCAUGUUGAUAUUGUGUAAUACAGUGUUAUGAAAUAUUUAAAUGUUUUACAAAGCUGAUGAAAGACAGCAUACUUAGUUACAUUUUACAUUUUCCUAUU